AUGCAAACUGAUUAUUUUUCUUUAAGAUCAGCAUAGCCAAAUAGUUAAAGUAUUAAGAACUUGGAUUAAUAAAUUAGAGGUUAAAAAACUACUUCAUAAACAGUAGACUCAGUUCCAUGUAUGAAUUGUGAGAAUUUAAUUCCUAUAAAUGAGAUUGAUUAACACACAAUGAAAUGUCUAAGUGUUUCAAAAAGUGUGACAGCAGUACUAAAAUCAAAUAGGAUCUUAGAUGAAAUAAAUUUUAAGAUUUCGAAAUUGAGAGAGUCGAUUCAACAAUUAAAUUUAAAAGAAUAGAAAUAUGAAAACAAUAAGUAUUUAAUCAGAGCGGAUGAAAUGUGUGAAUAAAUUUAGUUAAUCUAAAACACAAAUUAAAUAGAGUUAAAAAAGCUACAUGAUUUAAAUUAAGAAUUACGAACAAUAACAGAAUCUUAUCAUGGUUCAUUAGCUAUAGCAUUAUAUUUGGAAAGAUUGCAUUCUUUGGGACUAUAAAAGUAAACAUAAUUAGAAAAGGAAAUUCGAACUCCUAGGAUUGAUACUCAAAAAUAGAAUAGUAAUCAUGCAAACAACAUAAAUCCAACUAACUAAAAUUAGUUGAGUAGUAAUUAAUUAAAUAAUAAUUAUAAACAAUUACUAUAGUGAAUAAUAAUCAUUAACUAAUCGUUUAUAAUAAAAUUCAGAAUAGAAUAGAGGAUCUCAAUUAUUAUCUCCAUCAUAAUUAUUUAAUUCUCCAUAUGGAAGACCUACCAUAAUAACAAAGUUCUCAGGUAGUUAAGAUAGAAACUAAAUUUAUGAUAUGAAAAGUGAAAUUUUAACUAAAAUAUCAACAUCUUAACUUGAUGAAAGUGAAGCUAAUUAAAAUGAUAGUGAUCUUAAUAAUUCAAAUCAAUAUAAUUAAUAAUAAAGGAUAUUCUAUUCUAAAUAUUUAGCUUAGAAAACUAAAUUAUCUAAUACUCAUCCAUCUUAAAAAAUACCUUUAUGUAUUCUACAUAAAGAAAUGCUUCAGAGAAAAAUACCUAAUUCAAUGUGA